UCGGAAAGACGAACUAGUGGUUAUCAGCUGGAAUCUGCAAUUCCCUGGCCAGUCGCGGUCUAGAAAGGGCUUGAGAGCUGCCGUUCUAGUGGUUUACCAGUGAGUGCGCCCUAGGGUUGGGUGGUGCAUUCUAGGCGGUUGGAGCAGCUGCAGCCGCAGCGUUACCCGCCCACCUCUUUCAAGAGGCGCCUGGACUCAAGCAGCUAGCAGGACUUCAGCGUGCCAUCACUUCCUAAGUUCAGGCAAGACGGUAGAUGCCCUCCUCGGACGCAGCUUCGCUCACAAAUCAGGACUGCCAGUGUGCAUUGCCACAGCCAUUUUCCUUCCUCUUUUUUUACCCUCCGGCCAGAUGGAGUCCAGCACUUCAACCAGCAGGCGUUUCACCAUCGAUGACUUUGAAAUAGGGCGGCCACUGGGUAAGGGGAAAUUUGGUAAUGUGUACCUGGCUCGGUUGAAGGAAAACCACUUCAUUGUGGCCCUAAAGGUCCUCUUCAAGUCCCAGAUAGAGAAGGAGGGAUUGGAGCACCAGCUUCGAAGGGAGGUGGAGAUCCAGUCGCAUUUACAUCACCCCAAUAUCCUGCGCCUGUACAACUACUUCCACGAUGCUCGCCGGGUGUACUUAAUUCUGGAAUAUGCUCCCCGGGGUGAGCUCUAUAAGGAGCUUCAGAGAAACCAGAAGUUAGAUGAGCAGCGCACAGCCACGAUCAUGGAGGAGUUGGCUGAUGCCCUGACCCACUGCCAUGAGAAUAAGGUGAUUCACAGGGACAUUAAGCCAGAGAAUCUCCUGCUGGGCCUCAGGGGCGAGGUGAAGAUUGCAGACUUCGGCUGGUCUGUGCAUACCCCGUCUCUCAGGAGAAAGACAAUGUGUGGGACUCUGGACUACUUGCCCCCAGAAAUGAUUGAGGCAAGAACGUAUGAUGAGAAGGUGGAUCUGUGGUGCAUUGGGGUGCUCUGCUACGAGCUGCUGGUGGGAACUCCACCCUUUGAGAGCAGCACUCACAGUGAGACAUACAGACGCAUCCUCAAGGUGGAUUUUCGGUUUCCUCCAUCAGUGCCUGUGGGGGCCCAGGACUUGAUCUCCAAGCUUCUUAGGUACCAUCCCUCAGAUCGGCUGACCCUAGCCCAGGUCCUGAAGCACCCCUGGGUCCAGGAGCACUCUCGUCGGGUGCUGCCUCCCUGUGCUCAGAUGGCUUCCUGAGCCCUGCCUGCCUCUAUCCCUAUGUGUCUCUUCAGGGAGCCCUCCAGGCUCUGCUUGUUACCUCAUCUGUUUUGCUUGUUUUCUCUUUUAAGAUGCUAAUUAAACCUCAUUAAUCUAAUGUUAA